AAUAUUAACUGAGAUCCAUUGAAAGGAAAAAGAGACGAUUUGAAGCAAAGUUUUGCCGAAUCCUCAAUCAAUCAAAUCAAAACCAUCAACAAACAAAAGAAGAAUCACCAGAAGUUGCAUACAUUGAUUGUAAAUGGCCGGAGGUGGUAAUAACAAGAAUAAAAGAUUUCUGAAUAAAACAAAAUCUCGACAAAAACCUAAGAAAGCAUCAUCAACAACAUCUUUGUUUGUAGAAGGUGGUUUGUUAUCCGAUUGGUCUCCCCUUACAACUGGAAAAACUAAUAGCAAUUCAAAGAGUAGUUAUGAUGGGAAUAAGAAGAAGAAUAUGAUGAAUAAAUCAACAAGAUUUGAGAUGGGCACUACUUCUACUUCUGCUCCUCCUAAAUCUAAAUCUUCGAAUUCCAAAAUCAUUGAUUCUCACAAACCAAAAAACAAUGUUUUUGCUUACACUUAUCAGGGGAGUCCAUUUGUAGAUGAAGGUGGCUCUGAACAUAGUAAGUGGAAUGAAUCGAAUCCUAUUAAAUUGCUUGAUUCCAAGAAAUCGAAUAUAAUUGCGUACAUGGAUGAGACACCAGCUACUGAUGCUAUUAAUGUCAAGUAUACUUACGAGUAUGGUGCAACUUUUGAGGCAGACGAUACUCCCCAUAUGGGAUUAGGGUUUCAUAAUGUAGCCGAAGAACAACCUAUUGUUGGUGACAUCACAACUCCAGUUAUUGAAAGGGAAGAAUGUUCCCGAUUUGAUUCCACAAGCUCACAUGAAAUGGAAACUGAUAUGAUGGAUGAUGAUGAUGAUGAUGAUGAUGAUGAAGAUGCAGCGGAUGUUGAUGCUUCAGCAUCGCCAUUGACAAAUUCGGGGUUCUUGUCAAUUGGUGGCAUGAAGUUGUACACCCACGAUAUUUCUUGUGAUGAUGAUGAUGAUGAUGAUGAUGAUGAUGAUGAUGUUGAUGAUGAUGGUCGAGACAAUCAUGAAGAAAUCUUAGACUCGUCAGCAUAUGAAUUUUCUUCUGACUCAUCUGAUAGUGAUGGAGCGUAUAAUAGUUUUUCUGAUCUAGACGAUGAGAUUGCAAAAGAUUACUUUGAAGGGAUCGGGGGGACUUACAAAGUUGCAAAUGUUGAUGGAUUAAUAGGACAAGUUCUUGAUAGCUCUGAUGACGAUGAUGAUGUAAAUGCUGGCCGAUUUAAUGAAAUGUUAAAGGGCGUAAGUGGCAUUGCACUCCAGGAAGCAUCAAGGAAAUAUGGCAAGAAGAAACCUCGCUCGAAUAACAAAAAACGAGCAGCGACUACUAAACAUGGAACUGUUACAGAUGAUUGGUCUGCUCUAGAUGAGCUCAUGUUUGUAAAGAAUGCAAGAUUUUUGUGUGGGAAGAAAAAGCAUGCUGCAAAGCUUCCCCAGUCGUGGCCAUCCAAAGCUGAAAAGAGUAAAAAUUUCAAAACAUUUUCAGGUGAGAAGAAGAAACUCCGCCAAGAUAAGAUUACUUGUAAGCGUAAGGAGAGGAUGAUAAGUCGUGGUGUUGAUCUUGAGAAAAUAAAUCACAAGCUAGAGCAGAUGGUGAAGAACAAGGCUGAUAUGAUAUCCUUCCAACUUAUGCAUUCUCGUGAUUGUUCCCAGGUUCAAAGGCUAGCAGCAAUUUAUCGUCUGCGCAGUGGCAGUCAAGGCUCAGGCAAAAAGAGGUUUGUAACAGUCACACGUACACAACACACGGGUAUGCCUUCUCCGAGUGAAAGAGUUCGCAUUGAAAAGUUGUUGAGAGUUAAUAAUAUUGAAGCUAAUGAUACGAUAAUGGGCAUGACACCUUCAAGUGGAACCAAGAAAGCUGGUUUAGACCCACUGGAUUCAAAAUCUACAAAAAUUAAAACAUCCGGGGAAUCAAGUAAGAAAAAAAGGAGAGACAAAGAUAAAACUGGCUCGUAUGCCGCACAACCUGUUUCGUUUAUCUCGAGUGGUAACAUGGUAACUGAGCCUGCAAUGACAAAUAUGGCUGACCAGAUUUUAAGCAACGACAAACCCGUUGCUAACUCACCAGGUUAUGGUGCCUUUGAGAUGCACACAACUGGUUUUGGCUCAAGAAUGAUGGCAAAAAUGGGAUAUGUUGAUGGAAGUGGAUUGGGCAAAGAUGGCAGAGGAAUAGCAGAACCAAUUGAAGCAAUCCAACGACCCAAGUCACUCGGGUUAGGAGCAAAGGUUCCCGAAACAAGCAAAGCAUCAGAACCUAUGUAUGCAACCCCACCACCACAGAGACAAAAUUGGGCUGUUGGCCAAGGAUCAAGGAGUGAUAGUAGGGGCAAGUCUGUAAAUGUGCAGAUUGGGUCUUUUGAAAAGCACACUAAAGGGUUCGGGUCUAAGAUGAUGACAAAAAUGGGAUUCGUUGAAGGAAUGGGUCUUGGGCGAGACUCACAGGGCAUAGUGCAGCCACUGGUUGCUAACAGGCUUCCGAAAUCCAGAGGCUUGGGUGCCAAAGGAUAGUUAUGUUGCUUGUUUCUAUUACAUGUAAAUUUUAAAUGACUGCAAAAAUGAUAUGAUUUGGUUAAGGUUCGAACUAAAAUUGUAAGCAUGCUGUAAUUCUUUUUAGCCAAAAAAUGAAACUAAUUUGUUUUGAAAA